GUCUCACCCUGUUUCCGGCGCCCAGAUGAGGUUCCCCAAGGCCUGGCGCCGAAUCAUGAUGUAAGCUCCGGUUGCCGGGCUGAGUCGGAAGUUGGAACCCUUCGGCCACUGAUAUUCUGUCGUGUGUUGUCGCUGCUGGCCCUUCAGGCUCUGCCCCUCCCCCAAGGUCUGGAUGGAGGACAUUUUAAAGUGAAAUGACAGACCAGGAGAAUAACAACAACAUCUCAAGUAACCCCUUUGCUGCUCUUUUUGGCUCUCUGGCUGAUGCCAAGCAGUUUGCAGCAAUCCAAAAAGAGCAGCUGAAGCAGCAAUCUGAUGAACUCCCAACUAGCCCGGAUGACUCAGAUAAUAGUGUGUCAGAGAGCCUGGAUGAAUUUGAUUACUCUGUGGCUGAGAUUAGCCGCUCAUUCCGUUCACAGCAGGAAAUAUGUGAGCAACUCAACAUCAAUCACAUGAUCCAAAGGAUCUUCCUGAUUACUCUGGACAAUAGUGACCCAAGCUUGAAAAGUGGGAAUGGCAUCCCCAGCCGCUGUGUGUAUUUGGAAGAAAUGGCAGUAGACCUGGAAGAUCAAGACUGGCUUGAUAUGAACAAUGUUGAGCAGGCUGUCUUUGCUCGCUUAUUACUUCAAGAUCCAGGCAACCACUUGAUAAACAUGACUUCUUCUACAACGUUGAAUCUCUCUGCUGAUCGAGAUGCAGGAGAGAGUCAUAUUUUUUGUUACCUUUAUUCCUGCUUCCAAAGAGCCAAGGAAGAGAUUACCAAAGUUCCAGAGAACCUGCUACCCUUUGCGGUGCAGUGCAGGAACCUCACUGUGUCCAAUACACGAACAGUUCUCCUCACCCCAGAGAUCUAUGUUGACCAAAACAUCCAUGAGCAAUUGGUAGAUUUAAUGUUGGAAGCCAUCCAAGGAGCCCAUUUUGAAGAUGUAACUGAGUUUCUGGAAGAGGUCAUUGAAGCCUUGACAUUGGAUGAGGAAGUGCGAACGUUUCCAGAAGUCAUGAUUCCAGUGUUUGAUAUUUUAUUGGGCCGAAUAAAAGAUCUAGAACUCUGCCAGAUCCUGUUGUAUGCAUAUCUGGAUAUUCUUCUUUAUUUCACUAGGCAAAAGGAUAUAGCAAAGGUUUUUGUAGAAUACAUUCAGCCCAAGGACCCUAGCAAUGGGCAGAUGUAUCAGAAGACCUUGCUGGGAAUAAUCAUGAGUAUCUCCUGCUUAUUAAAGACUCCGGGUGUAGUAGAAAAUCAUGGCUACUUCUUGAAUCCAUCUCGUUCCAGUCCCCAGGAGAUCAAAGUACAAGAGGCCAACAUCCAUCAGUUCAUGGCUCAGUUCCAUGAAAAGAUCUACCAGAUGCUGAAGAACUUACUCCAGCUCUCUCCAGAAACCAAACACUGUAUCUUGUCCUGGCUUGGAAACUGUUUGCAUGCAAAUGCAGGCCGCACCAAGAUUUGGGCCAAUCAGAUGCCAGAAAUCUUCUUCCAAAUGUAUGCCUCGGAUGCCUUCUUUCUGAAUCUGGGUGCUGCUCUCCUGAAGCUAUGCCAGCCAUUUUGCAAACCCAGAUCCUCUCGGCUCCUCACCUUUAACCCCACUUACUGUGCCCUGAAGGAGUUGAAUGAUGAAGAACGAAAAAUAAAAAAUGUACACAUGAGAGGUUUGGACAAAGAAACCUGUUUGAUCCCAGCUGUGCAGGAGCCGAAGUUUCCCCAGAACUACAAUCUUGUAACAGAGAACCUUGUCCUGACAGAGUAUACCUUGUACUUGGGAUUCCACAGGUUGCAUGAUCAGAUGGUAAAAAUCAACCAAAAUCUGCAUCGGCUACAGGUUGCCUGGCGGGAGGCUCAGCAAAGUUCUAGCCCUGCUGCUGACAACCUCCGUGAACAGUUUGAACGACUAAUGACCAUCUAUCUUUCAACCAAGACUGCCAUGACUGAGCCACAGAUGCUACAAAACUGCCUAAAUUUGCAGGUGUCCAUGGCUGUUCUAUUGGUUCAACUGGCCAUAGGCAAUGAGGGCUCACAGCCAAUAGAGUUAACUUUUCCUCUGCCAGAUGGCUACAGCUCUUUGGCUUAUGUACCAGAAUUUUUUGCAGAUAACCUAGGUGAUUUCCUCAUUUUUCUCCGCCGGUUUGCCGAUGACAUCUUGGAGACAUCAGCAGAUUCCCUGGAACAUGUCCUUCACUUUAUCACCGUUUUCACUGGAAGCAUAGAAAGAAUGAAGAAUCCCCACUUAAGGGCCAAACUGGCUGAAGUGUUGGAAGCAGUGAUGCCCCACCUGGAUCAGACCCCAAAUCCCUUGGUAUCCAGUGUGUUCCAUCGGAAACGUGUGUUCUGCAAUUUUCCCUAUGCACCCCAGCUUGCAGAAGCACUAAUCAAAGUCUUUGUGGACAUUGAGUUUACAGGAGACCCCCAUCAAUUUGAACAGAAAUUUAAUUACCGCCGCCCCAUGUAUCCCAUCCUAAGGUACAUGUGGGGAACAGAUCCCUAUCGAGAGAGCAUUAAGGAUUUGGCUGACUAUGCCUCUAAGAAUUUAGAAGCCAUGAAUCCCCCACUUUUUCUCCGCUUUCUUAACCUGCUAAUGAAUGAUGCCAUCUUCCUUUUGGAUGAAGCCAUACAGUAUUUGAGCAAGAUAAAGAUUCAACAGAUUGAGAAGGACCGAGGUGAAUGGGAUAGUCUAACUCUAGAAGCCCGCCGAGAAAAGGAAGCUGGCCUACAGAUGUUUGGACAACUGGCACGUUUCCAUAACAUCAUGUCCAAUGAAACAAUCGGUACCCUUGCCUUUCUGACAUCAGAGAUCAAAUCACUCUUUGUGCAUCCUUUCCUGGCUGAGCGCAUCAUCUCUAUGCUGAACUACUUCCUGCAGCACCUGGUUGGCCCCAAGAUGGGGGCCUUAAAAGUCAAGGACUUCAGUGAAUUUGACUUCAAACCCCAGCAACUCGUAUCAGAUAUCUGCACUAUCUACUUAAAUCUUGGGGAUGAGGAGAAUUUCUGUGCCACUGUGCCCAAGGAUGGGCGUUCCUAUUCCCCAACUCUCUUUGCACAGACAGUACGAGUCCUGAAGAAGAUAAAUAAACCUGGGAAUAUGAUUGUGGCUUUCAGCAACUUAGCAGAGAGAAUCAAGUCUCUAGCAGACCUCCAGCAACAGGAAGAGGAGACCUAUGCGGAUGCCUGUGAUGAGUUCCUGGAUCCCAUCAUGAGCACACUGAUGUCUGACCCUGUGGUGCUGCCGUCUUCCAGAGUCACUGUGGAUCGAUCCACCAUCGCCAGACAUUUGCUCAGUGACCAAACAGAUCCCUUUAACCGUAGUCCCCUCACCAUGGACCAGAUCCGGCCAAACACAGAACUAAAAGAAAAAAUCCAACGGUGGCUCGCAGAGAGGAAACAACAACAAAAGGGGCAACUUGAAUAAAUACUGUGACCUAAAAAACCAAAAACCAACCCCAGAGUUUAGAUAAACAAGUGUUUGUGAUUUCUCUCUGGUUCUGUUCCUUUUUUCCUUCUUUUUUUUUUCUUUUCUUUACUAAAUUAGAGAACUGCUCUUGCUCAAAUUAUGAUAAUUAAGAUUCCUAAGAACUUUACAAUGCUCUUUUGGCUUGCAGAAAAUUAUAGCAUCACCUAGUUAGGAAAUCAUCACUAAUUUUUACCCUUUGUUCUCUCUUCCUAUUCUUCCUUUUCCUACCUUAAAUUACAUUAACUUCAACUAAAAUUUUCUGCCACCCUACUGUUAUUUCUCUUCCAAGAACUACUCAAACAUCUUUGGUGAACACUACUUUUAAGUAUAUGAUGUCACAUAUUUCAGUGACAGCUGAUAUCAUCAGCAAGUCCUGUGUUAGCAAGCUAUUUUACUAAUCUUCAUGGCCAGGACUUCAGCUGUUUUCCUUGAAGACUAGUAAAAGCAGAUACCUUGAUGUUUGAGUAGACUUUUGAAUAAGAUCAUAGAUGAAAUG